AUGAGGUGUAAGGAGAGGAUGAGGCCCGUGAAAAAGGCACUGAAACAGCUGGACAAACCCGACAAGGGGCUCAAUGUGCAAGAACAGCUGGAGCACACCCGGAACUGCCUGCUGAAAAUCGGAGACCGAAUAGCCGAGUGCCUUAAAGCUUACUCAGACCAGGAGCACAUCAAACUGUGGAGGAGGAACCUAUGGAUUUUUGUUUCCAAGUUUACAGAAUUUGAUGCUCGAAAAUUGCAUAAGUUAUACAAGAUGGCUCAUAAGAAAAGAUCUCAAGAAGAGGAGGAGCAAAAGAAGAAGGAUGACGUGAUUGGUGGUAAGAAGCCAUUCCGCCCGGAGGCCUCAGGCUCGAGCCGGGACUCCCUGAUGUCUCAGUCCCAUACCCCACACAGCCUCCACCCUCAGAAGUCUCAUCUGCCUGCCUCCCAUGGCCCACAGAUGCAUGGACACCCACGAGAUAACUACAGUCACCCCAACAAGAGACACUUCAGCAAUGCAGAUCGAGGAGACUGGCAGAGGGAGAGGAAAUUCAGCUACGGUGGUGGCAACAGCAACCCGUCAUGGGGCAGCGACAGGCACCAUCAGUAUGAGCAGCACUGGUACAAGGACCAUCAUUACGGGGACCGGCGACACAUGGACAGCCACCGUUCUGGGAGCUACCGGCCCAACAACCUGUCCCGGAAGAGACCCUAUGACCAGUACAGCAGCGACCGGGACCACCGGGGACACAGAGAUUAUUAUGACAGGCACCAUCAUGAGUCCAAGCGGAGGAGAUCUGAUGAAUUUAGGCCUCAGAAUUACCACCAGCAGGAUUUCCGACGAAUGUCUGAUCACCGCCCCGCUAUGGGCUACCACGGCCAGGGACCCUCAGACCAUUACCGCUCCUUCCACACAGACAAACUGGGGGAAUAUAAACAGCCCCUGCCCCCCUUGCACCCAGCAGUCUCGGAUCCUCGCUCGCCCCCUUCUCAGAAAUCUCCCCAUGAUUCCAAGUCACCCCUGGAUCAUAGGUCUCCUUUGGAGAGAUCACUAGAACAGAAAAACAACCCAGAUUAUAACUGGAAUGUUCGGAAAACAUAAAGGACGGCUCGGAAAAAAGAGGAAAGCAAGAGUCAUGAAGCACCUGGAUGGAUGUUUUUGGUCUGAUCCAACAGGAGCCAGUUACCUAGACCAGUAAGUGGAGUUUUGGACACGCUGCUGCCGUCAGCUCGCCGGCCGAGGGGGCGCUUUAGGGAGCAGGGGGCACUCGUUCCGUCCGACUUUGAUUUGGCCACUCCUCCUGCACCCUGGCACCCCCAGCCCAUUCCAGCCUGGUUUCGGCCUCCUGCUUUGACGGGUGCUGGGAGGCAGAGGUGACUUUUGUGUACCAGCUCCACGGGCUGUGCUUCCCGGCGAAGGAAGACGGGAUCUCAGAGGCAUGAAUGUUGUGUUGCCGGGGUCAGUGUCCCCAAGACCUUGGUGUGGCGGUCAGGGCAGGAAUGCGUGCAUGAAGGCUGCUGGGACCUUCUGGACAGAGCGUGAUUUGGUUCACUGUGAUGUGACGAUGCUGCUGACGGGGAGUGGGGCGUGGGGACGCGCGGGUGGGGUCUCGCAUCGUGGGACUUGAAGGGGAGCAGGCCCACCCCUCAAAUACGUUCUUGGGAGAAAUGAUACAGUUGGGCCUCAUUAUGUGACACCUGUGGUGCAGGGGUUUUGGGGGACAGAGGGAGGGGGACACUCCCCAAUGGCCCCUUCCCUACCAGACACUAACUUUCUCACACUGUCUGUACAUUUCAAAGGCUUGGUCUCCUGAGUGGGGCUGAGGUGCCCCCUUGCCCCCUGUGCCAGGGGAAGUCAGAUCCGCGCACCUGGCUUUUGAGUACUGUGACUUAGGCAGCAUGGCGGUUGCCGUGGGUCUGACUUGGUUGGGAGGGGACAGGAUGGGGGGCAGAACGGGGCGAGUGUGGAUGAAAAACUAGAAUCCCUGGUGGGUUUCUGAUGCCUGUGUUGAGAAGUAAAACUCCGGGGCCUGGUGAGGGGUGCUGACCACCAAGAUGGAGGUGCUUAGCAGGUGGCGAAUAGGUGCCCCCAGGUGGGGAUUGGUAGUGCCAGCCAGCAGGGGGCUUUCAGUGUUGUACUGGGUCAGCAUUUGCAGCUGCCUUUUAGUUCCCUUUGCACAGCCUGAAGGAGUAGAUGACACAGUCACAUAUCUUCUGACACUCAUGUGGGGGGCGGACAGAUGAAGGUAAGCUACCUGUGGCGAACAGGUUGCCGCUGUGAGUUGGAGAUCCUUAGACCUGAACGUGGUUUCUUUUAGAACGAGGUGAAGUAAUGUAUAAACCCAAGUUCAGUUGUUCUCCACAGUAGGAAGCGUCCCAGGACAGGGUGACCGAGCUGCAGACAGAGGCACUAGAGCUGAGCUGAGGCCUGGGAGGCAGGUAGGUUGUAUCAAGUAAGCAGGCUCCUCUCUUUUUACUGACACUGGGGCCUCCCGUGUCAUUCAUUUUAAAUAGAGCUUGCCAGUAUUGUUAAUGUACCCAAAGGCCUUUCUGGAUGGAGACAGAAAAGCGGACUUGAACCUGCUGUGUGCCUGUAACAGGUGUCCAGGUGGGCCCUGAUCAGAGCCCUUCACUGGGCGUACACAGCAGUCGCCCCCCUGAGCUGACCUGUGGGGACUUCCUGAAAUCAUUAGCACUUACUCGCUGGUCCCCUGGCAGCAUCACUGAUGCCUUUCCUCAGAAAUCCCCCAGUGGUAUCACCUAGGGAAGUGGAUGUGGCUUUGGUGGCCGUUGUUCCCUGCUGCAGGACUGGUAGUGAGGACUUCCGGUCCUCACAGCACUUGCUGGCAGCCCAGUGGGCCCACCACCUCCUUAUUACCUCCUCUUGGUCCUUGGGGUUCUUCACCCCAGGCUUGUACCACGCGUGCCCUGGAGUGAGGCCCAGGGGCUGCAUAGGAGGCCCUGCCUACCGUGACCCACUGGGACCUGCUGUGACUGCCCUGUGUGAGGAGGCAGGAAACCACGUCUCUGCUUUGGCCACCACAAGCUCAGCUCCUCGCUGACAACACUGACAAGCACUCCGUGAUUGGGUUGCCCAGGACACAGGAAGGCGAGCUUGGCCUGCCGGGUC